AUGGCCAAGGCAGCUUCUACACUUGUUUUUCCCAUCAUUUUCCUUGUUAUGUUCGCCUUAAUUGAACAAAAUAUGGGAUGCAUGGCGGUUCUUGGCUCGUGUGGUGUCAUUACAGAUUGCAGUGGGUCAUGCAAGACUAAGUUUGGACAAGAUGCUAGUGGCGAUUGUGACCGUGACGGUGGUCAAGGAACAUGUAUGUGUGGUUAUCCUUGUCCACAUGAUAAGCUACAUAUGUGA